UCGCCAAUGAGGUUAUGUUAUGGUUAUAGAGGGCCGUUUGUUUUGUUGUGUUUACACAAAUCUAUAAUUUAGUAGAAAUGAAGAUAAACCGGCAUAAAAAAGUGAACAAAUAUUUAAAUUUUUACUGCAACAAUUUCGGUUUUCGUAAACCAUUUCAAAUUUUAAUAGAUGGCACGUUUUUGUUAUGGUGCUCUUAAGAAUAAACUGAACAUUCAAGAGCAGUUGCCGAAAUAUCUAGGUGAUGUGAAGUUACUGACUACCCCUUGUGUCAUUGUUGAGACGGAAUUACUUGGUAAGGUAGCAUUUGGUGCGAUGAAGGUUGUAAAACAGUUCUCAGUGCACCGUUGCAGUCAUACCAACCAACCUGUCAGCGGCUCGCAGUGCUUUCAAUCUAUGCUCGGAGAGAAUAAUCCUUCCAGAUACAUAAUAGCCACACAAGACCGAGAUCUGCAGGAAAUUGUAAGGAAUAUACCUGGAACACCACUGAUAUAUCUACACCAGAGAACUCCACAUCUGGAAGAGCCUUCUCCUCUGACAGCCAGAAUGGCUCUCGAGAAGACAAAUCAAAG